AUGGAUCCACCACUGGGGAGUGAUGAGAAAAUAUUCGAGCUGCUGCAGCGCAAAGUUGACCCCAAGCUGCAGGAGGAACAACAACAGGCUAUAAAUGAGCGGAUAAACGCUAUAUAUCAGAAGGCCCAAUCUCGUCUGGCUGAAUUGAUUGAGCAAAAUUCCACACUGCCAUGUACCAUCUCAUCUGUCCAAGUCAUUCAUGCCAACUAUACGAGGAGAGGCUUCCUGGAAACCGUCCUGAGUUCGCUGUUGAGCUCAAACAGAGACCGUCCAUAUACUUUGUCGGAAGCUCUACAGGAAAUCUCGAUAUGCACGAAUAAACUAAAUCGAUUCGACAUCUUUGAACAUCCCAUAUCCGUUUUCCUGGACAAGCCUACCCAAACGGACCCUUCUACGACCCCGACAGACCUCGAAGUCUUCCUCUCCGUCAAAGAGAAGUCCCGCAUCCUGCUCAAAACAGGCACAGAUCUCGGAAACGCCGAAGGAUCCGCCUAUGCUAACCUUUUGUGGCGGAAUAUUUUUGGCGGUGCGGAGUCCCUCAAUGUCAACGCUUCCCUCGGCACUCGUACCAGAUCAGCCUACCAGGCCGCUUUCGAAACCCCCAUUCUUAGCAACCCGGACUACCGGUGGGAAUUUGGUGGGGUUGGAAGCUCAACAGAGAAAACCUGGGCUAGCCAUGAGGAGGUGCUCAAGGGAGCCUGGACCAAAUUGCGCUGGCUGAGCCCUGCCGGACACAGACAUGAAUUAGGCUACAGCGGGUUCUGGAGACAGGUUACCGGUCUAUCCGCGAAUGCCUCGCCAACCGUUCGCUUGGAUGCAGGCGAUAGCGUCAAGAGCAGCAUCUCGCAUACCUGGGUCAACGAUUGUCGCGAUAACUCACUCCUCCCAUCGCGGGGAUUCUACACAAGGACUUUCAACGAGUUAGCCGGAUGGGGUCCGCUUAAGGGCGAUGUGUCCUUCUGGAAAUCAGAGGUUGAAGCCCAGGGGGCUAUGCCCAUUCCCCUCCCCGGAAUGAAAGGCGAUAGCAGGAUCAGCUUUACCACCGCAUUCCGUGCGGGCGUUCUCUACCCGUUGGGCCUGGAUGCGGAUCGGAAACCUCAGCUUUCCCGUAUCAAUGACCGUUUCCAGCUAGGAGGGCCAACUGAUGUGCGCGGGUUUAGACUUGCGGGUAUUGGUCCGCGAGAAGGCUCAGACGCAUUAGGUGGGGAUGUUUUCGCAGCAGGGAGCGCAAACCUUUUAUUCGCCUUGCCUCAUGUUGGAGUGGAGAAACCGUUCCGCCUGCAAGCUUUUGUAAAUAUGGGACGACUUUUGUCGCUUAAGACUCGCGAUCGCACACUGCCUUCGACGCAGGGGGAGGUGAGGGAUAGCAUGGUUGCAACUAUUCGGGAGUUGGGAAAUGGGCUUCCGAGCAUGGCGGCGGGUGUGGGACUCGUGUAUGCACAUCCUGCUGCGAGGUUUGAGUUGAAUUUCUCGCUGCCUCUUGUUAUGCGGAAAGGUGAGGAGGGGCGAAAAGGGCUACAGUUUGGGAUUGGGAUUAAUUUCCUGUAA